AUGGUGUGUGAUGUGCUGCAAGCAAUGAAAACAAGUGUUGGCGGUCUGAAUAUUUUCCUGGCAGCCAAUUAUGACUGGAUUGUGAAGCAAGCAGUACCUCCAGACGAUUACGUUGCAUUUAUAAAGUCGUUCGCGGGUGUCCUGUUUAAGCUCUACGUCAAGCAAUACGAGUCGGAGCAUAAAAACGAGAUUGUUUUCGAUGAAAAGGAAGAUAAAGUGAAGAAGGGAUAUUCCUAUGUGGAAAUGCCCACGAUAGUGCUAAUUACCGUUCCGAAGGCAAGUUGUGUAGUGUCAUUUAGCGAUGUGUCCUCAGAAGCAAAUGGCGUCUCGUUGCCGAGGCACCGUAGCUCCCCUUUACGCUCGGUGGCAUGUGGGGCGGGUAUGAUUGAACCAGCAGCUGAAGCGAAGUGCUGCGUAUUCAAUGAUGCAGUGAAGGACCUGGCUCAGAAGUGGAAAACGAGCAUGAGAAAGUUGGUGGUUUCUUAA